AUGUCUCAACUGCCCCCCUCCCCUGGAUCUGACAUUGUGCCUAUGGCUGCCACCGUGGAGCUGGAAAAGGAAAAGGAAGACGCCUCUGAGGAAGACGCCUUCAAGUCGGAAAAGUCUGAGCCGGAGGAGACUACCGAGCCUGUUCCCAACCCCAUGGCCGGCUUGCCUCCACCAGAUGUGGGACUCAAGGCCUGGCUGGCCUGUCUGGGAGCUUUCUGUGGCAUCUACGCCUCCUUUGGAUACAUUAACGUAGUCGGCAUGUUCGAAGCCUUCUAUCUCACUAACCAGCUCAGCAACUAUUCUGCAUCGACCGUUUCAUGGAUCACCUCCCUGCAAAUCUUCCUUCUGGUGGCUGGAGGUCUGCUGUUUGGCCCCGUUGCCGAGCGAUAUGGACCCCGAUACCUUGCCGGCGUGGGAACCUGUUUCGUCGUUCUCGGAGUCUUCACCACCUCUGCAUCUACAAAGUACUGGCACUUUCUGCUUGCCCAGGGUAUCUGUACUUCGCUGGGAAACUCCAUGCUGUACUACGCAUCUCUUCUGGGUGUCUCCACCUGGUUCAAGGCCAAGCGAGGUUUCACCCUGGGUAUUGCGGUUGCGGGCUCAUCCAUUGGAGGUCUGACUAUGCCCUUCAUGUUCUCCGAGCUCGAGCCUCGAAUCGGCUUCCCCUGGACCGUGCGAGCCAUUGGUUUUGUUCUGCUGGGCAUGGCGCUCAUAUGCACCGUCACCAUCUCUUCUCGAAUCCCCGCUAACCCCAAACUGCCUCUUCUGGACAUCAAGAAGGAUCUGAUUGCGCCCUACAAAAAUAUGCACAUCUGGCUGCUGACCGCUGGCAUCUUCAUGACCUUCUGGGGCUUGUUUGUGCCCAUUGGAUACAUGUCUGUCCAGGGCCAGAGCAACGGCAUGUCUCCCCGAGUCUCCUUCUACCUGAUUUCCAUUUAUAAUGGCUGCUCCGUGGUAGGACGAAUUCUUCCUGGAAUCAUUGCUGACCACGUUGGAGGCUUUAACAUGCACGCCUUCUGCACCAUUCUGUGCUCCGUCUUCAUCUUCGCGCUGUGGAUUCCAGCACGAACCAACCCUCCCAUCAUCGCCUUUUCCGCUGUCUUCGGUAUCAUUUCAGGCUCUUCCAUCUCCCUGUUCCCUGCCCUGGUCGGUAUGGUGACUCCUGUCGCUGAGGUUGGCCGACGACUAGGCAUGGUCUCCUUCUUCGUCGCCUUUGCCUGUCUGACCUGUAUGCCCAUCGCUGGUCAGAUUCUGCUCAAGGACAACGGUUCGUUUGACGGCUGCCAGGCCUGGGCCGGAGUGUUCAUGUUCUGUGGAGGUGUCACCAUCUUCAUCACGAAACUAACCAUUCCCGGAAAGACUUGGAAGUCUCGAUUUUAG